GGUGGGUUGUACAUUUAGUUUUUUUUUCCCUGAGUGGGAGGAUUCAGGAUCUCAGCCAAGAUGUGACAGCAGUGAAGGAAGAAGGUCGAGCACCAAAUUGCUGAAGAGAAGGAGAAAGGAGCAGCUGAAAUGGCGGAACAGUUCUCAGACCUGGAGAAGGCCAUCAACACUUUGGUCUCAAACUUCCAUGGUGCCUCGGCUGAUAAAGGCGCCACACUCAAGACAGAUGAGUUCAAGAACCUUCUCUCCUCACAGCUGCCCAACCUUGUCAAGACCGGAGGGUCAGACGUAGGUUUCGGGGAGGUGCUGAAGCAGAUGGGGGUGAAGGAUGGAGAGGGAAUAACCUUUAAACACUUCUGGUCCCUGGUCCAAAAUCUGGCCACGUCUCAGUUCGGCCUGCUGAGCCACGAGAAAGUGUCCAAGUGCACCUGCCUUCUAAUGUGAGCAACGACCCGCCACGCCCCCAGCCACGCCCCCAGCAUCACGCCCCCACCAUGUACCUGCCACUUGGCUUAGCUCAAGAUGGAUGAUGAGGAAUUCUACACAUUUUCUAGCCAAUACAACAAUACAGUUAUAUUCUUUAACUCUCUCUCUCUCUCUCUCUCUCUCUCUCUCUCUCUCUCUCUCUCAUAAUCGUACGUUAUUCUGCUGAAUCUGACCUGUUGAAGAUAUUGCAGUGUCCAAUUCAUUGUAUUCGCUUACAACCUAAAAAGUACACUACAUCUUAAAAAAGGGACCAAAAGCACUCACACUCAUCCAGCACUCUGAACCGAAACAAACUGGAGUUUUGUAUAAAAAAGAAAGAAAAAUAAAUAAAUAAAUAGUUUUUUUUUUUUUUGGCGCAUCUCAAUUGAAUCGUGUUUCUACAUCUCUUAUAAGUGUCGUUUUCGAGCGUGUCCGUGUUAUCAGGCUUUCUAAGGUUUUCCUUUACGCUACACUAUGGGUCAAAAGUUUGUGCCCCCCGAUGGUCAUGAACGCUAGAAAAUUACACAAAUUCUGAUCACAUUGUGAACUCUGUGGUUUUUCAUCAUAAUAUCAUUAAAGACCUCAUGGUGGAGCUUCUGAUAACCUGAGAAGCUUUUCUUCCAAACAUUCCCAAAUAACCAAGAACCCUUGAGUCAGAAAUUCAAAUUCCAGUGCAAACUUUUAACCACUAAUAUAUAUAUAUAUAUAUAUAUAUAUAUAUAUAUAUAUAUAUAUAUAUAUAUAUAUAUAUAUAUAUAUAUAUAUAAACCGCCUAGGCCACGCCUACUUCUUCUGACAUUUUGGGUUUUUUUUGUCAAAUUUAUCAAUUCUCCUGUUUUUAUCAACUGCAUCCUGAAACAUGUGUUUACAAAAAUUAAAGCCAAAUUAUUUCCUA